AUGGAAAAUUUGCGCCGUGAUUUGCGUGAUGCUGAAGAAGAACUCGCACGUGUGCGCCAAGAACUGGACGAGAAGACGCACGAAUUGAGAGAACUGCGCCGAGCCCUUCCUCUCCCUGACCCAGAGCGACUUUAUAAAAAUAUUCUCGAUCUUUGUCACGAAUUCUACUCUUGCACUACGAGGACAACCGAAUUGGACAACCGCAUCAACGCUUUGCGCCGAUCAGCUGACAGUAACGAAAAUCGUCUACAUGAAGUCGCCCUGCUAGAGCUCUCCGUGGAGAAGUUGCGCAUCGAGAUAGUGUUCAUCCGAUCUCAACUUCGCACCUUCUUCACCGGGCCUGCACUAUUGUGUGCUGCGAAAGUUAUUACGAUGGAUGUCUGGCGUACGUGGAUGGACCGUCCACAUCGGAACGAAGCCGGAGACCCCCUCUUAGUGCGGCCAGAAGUCAUUGAACUAGUUGCCUCGGAUCAGCUUCAUCAACUUGAUCGCAAUCGUCAAACGCUCGUCGAACUCCGGGCAGCGAUCAUGGAAGCAGAUCGUCAAGACACCCUCGACUUCCAAAAUCACAUGCGAGCGACUGUUGCAAGGCUUCAGUCUUCUCUGGAUGCAGCUUUGUUUGCCAUGGAACAACAACGUGAAGCGCCUACUGUCGGUGGCCGUGUCCAGGAUGAUAAGGCAAUGGACGAUCCUCAUCAUGAAGAAGUGGAAGAGGUAGCUGUUCUCCAAGAACGAGACUCUCCGCAAGGUUCGCCUGCGCCGGAGGGCAUAGCUAUGCACGAUCAAGAAAGAGAGGCAAUCCAGGAAAAUGCCGAUUUUCUGGAAGAAGUCGAGUUAGAGGAAGAAGAAGCGAUCGAAGAAGAUGGUGAACCGGAGGGAGACGUACAUGAGCGCGUGCGACAAGAAAACGCCAACAUGCGAAGACAGAUUGAGGAGGAAAUCCAGCAACUUCAGCAAGCUCGCAGCAAUUUUCGUCAAAUCAUUAAUGAUCUGCGCCAACAUCCUACUUGUCCGCCAAGAAGAUAUGGCUAUGGAGCAAUCAGAAAGGACAAAGAACGACGCAUGCGUUGCUCCUUUUGCAGAGCACUCGGCAAGCAUUAUUCGGAUUCAUGUGACCAGAUUACAUCUGUUUAUGUGCGCCGCCGAAUGAUCGACGACAGAGGAAAGUGCCCUGAGUGUCUUGAGUAUUGUCGUGGAGGAACCAGCUGUGUGAAAUACUUCGAGCGCUGCUUUCACUGCGGUGACUACGAGCAUCAUUCUGCUCUGUGCGAGUUACCCGAUAAAAGCGACGAGAUCGG